AUGACGGAAAUAAAUGAGAAGGAGAAUGAACCAUCGCAGAACCGGGACCUCCAGAGAGCGCAGGCUACUGUCCCCAGUCAACCCGAGUCCAAGUUGCAGAAGCUAAAGAGAUCCCUGUCCUUUAAGUCUGUUAUGCGCAGCAAAAGCAUGGACAACUUCUUCCAGAGAAAUGGCGACUCACGUCACCCCUCUGCCCUCAUCACCACGUCUCACCCCAUCUCUCCUCCUGCCCCCUCCUCGGACUCUCCUCUGGGGUAUGAACGCUCGCCCUCCCUGUCCCCCUCCGCCAGCCCAAACCCCUCCCUCUCCUCGCACUCCCCCUCCAUCAGCCCGUCGUCCGUGGGGUCCCAGGUCAAAGUUCUGUCCGUGAAGACCCACUGUUUCCAGGAGCAUGUGUUUCGCAGGGCCACCAACUGUCAGAGAUGCAAACACGUCAUCCAAGGAAACUCGAAGCAGGGGCUGCGAUGUAAAGCCUGUAAGAUGGCUGCCCACCUCUGGUGCUCCUCUGAGCUCUCUCAGCUGCCUUGUAAUGGGAAGAGCGGAGCUUUUAAAAGAAACUUCAGCUCUCCUCUGCUCAGCAUCGAUCCUCUGGGCGUGGUCCGAGAGGCUCCUGCUGCCCAAGAAGGAGAAACCAGCGUUGUUGACCCUGUGUACGAGGCGCUGCGCUAUGGGACAUCUCUGGCACAAAUGAGUCGAUCAAGCUUCAGCAGCAUUUCUGAGUCUCCGUGUCACGAGGGGAAAGCUUUGGACAAACUAGAACACCAGCCCAUUGCAGAAGAAGAGUCUAUACCAGGAAUGCUCACGCCGCCUGAAAGUGAGAAGGCUGAUUCAGAAGACAGGGUCAGUCUGAAGACGCCGAAACGUGUUGAGAUCCACUCCAUCCACACAUAUGUAGCUCUGUACAAGUUUCUGCCCCAAGAGAAGAACGACCUUGAGCUCCAGCCUGGUGACAGAAUACAAGUGACUGACGACUCCAAUGAGGACUGGUGGAAGGGGAAAAUUAGGGACAGGGUGGGCUUUUUCCCAGCCAACUUUGUGCAGCGGGUGCGUCCCGGAGAGAGGGUGUGGAAGGUCACUGCUGGUUUCCAUGGCAACCGAGACAAAGGCCAGAUGAGCGUCAAAGAGGCUCAGAUCUGCGUGGGGAAGAACGAGGAGAUCGAAGGCUUUUUGCGACUGAGCAGUGGGAAAAAGCGAGGCAUGGUCCCAGUCAAGAACAUAGUGGAGAUAUGAAACUUUGUCAGUGC